AACUCUCGGAACAGAUUACCGGCACCUGGCACGCUGGCACGUGUGCGAUGUGCGCGUAAGUUAACGAGUUAGCGUAAGUGCGUCGUGUUUUGUGGAUUAGUUUGGCCCUACAGUUUGGCCACAUCGGCAGUGUUUUGUGGCACGUGGUCGCAAGAAUCUGUGGCUACACCAUGAAGGCAAGGCGUGCUGGUGGUAGUGGUGGCAAACCUGCCAAACUGUCGGAAAAAGUCAACCCCUUUGAGGUGAAAGUGAACCGUCAAAAACACGAUGUGCUCGGUAGGAAGUCCAAGAGCGAUCGUGGGCUCCUCGGUGUUUCUAGGAACAAGGCAAUCAAGAAGCGCAAGGCGACUCUACUUCAGGAGUACGUCUUAAGGAAUAAAUCGAGCACUUUCAUGGACAAACGGAUCGGCGAGUUCGACGCUGCCAUGAAUCCUGAUGAAAAGAUGGCAGCACGACUUGCCCAGGAGCGCAAAAUUUCACAGAAGAAAAACGUAUUCAGCCUCAAUGAGGACGAAGAGUUAACGCAUCUCGGCAAGUCCAUCAACGACAUGGAGACCCAUGACGAUCCCCGCAGUGACGACGAAGAUCUCUAUGACAAGGUAGGCCGGGACUUCAUUGAAAAGACAAAUUUCGGUGGUUUUCUCACGAAAGCUGAUCCCAAUAGCGAUGCCGCGAAAUCGCGACGAGAUGCCAUUGAGCAACUCAUCGCAGAGUCAAAGAAACUUAAGUACGAAAGGCAAGUCGAAAAAGACGAGAACUUUGAGCUUACCGAAAAGCUCGAUAAAGAUUGGAGGCAAUUCCAAAGUCUUCUAGCUGCUUCCAAGAACAAGAAGACCGCCGUAGUAGACAAUGAGGCCAGUACGGACGACUAUGACGUACUGGUGAAACAGCUUAAGUUUGCUCCUUUAGCUGGACAGGCUUCCGAAAGGGUGAAAACGGAAGAUGAGAUAGCUAAAGCUGAGAAAAAACGACUCGAAAAGCUGGAACAAGAAAGGAAAGCCAGAGCUCAGGGUACCGAAGCAAAAAAGGACGUACAUAAGAGGCAACUAGCCUCUGCUGACGACUUGGACGACAGCUUUUACAAGCACGAGCGCAUCACUGGAACCUCAAAGCAAAGUGAUAGCGACGAGGACGAGUUUGAAGAAGAUGAGCAGGCUGACCGUCUUACUGGUGUAGAUUCAAAAGAUGAGAAUGACGCAAGCACCGGUUCAGACUCUGAGGGAGAAAAUGACGAUGCAUCUGAAGAAGACAGCUAUGCCGACUUGGAAUCGGAAAAAGAAGCAAGUAGCGACAAUGAAGAGCAGGAAGAUGACAACAUGACAAAUGCCAACAAAGUUUCUGUACCUGCCAAAAAUGAAAAUCGGCUGUCUGAAAAGCACAUUAAGUCGAAAGAAAUAGGCGCGGGCAAGUCGACAGUUGCUGACAUACCUGAGACUGAAGAUGAGUUUUCAAGAUUGGUGGAAAGUAAGGGUGCCUGUGAAAAGGCUGCCCUCAUUGAGCAUAUGAUCAAAAGCAAUCAGAGUAGUAGCAAAAAGCUUGAGAGGCUCUUUGUGUAUCUUCUUCAGCACAUCAGCGAUACAGCAGACACUGACAUUCACGUGGUGGACAAACUGUGCCCUCACAUUUACUCUCUAGUGCAGCUUUCUCCAACAGUGUGCGGCCAUUUCCUUUUGGAUGUGAUUUCUGAAAAAGAGGAACAACUUCAGAACAUUUUGAGUAGGAAGAGCAGAUUUUCGGUGUCUUACCCAAGUUUUAGCACGCUUGUUUUUUUGAAGCUUAUUGGGCAGUGCUACUCUGCUUCAGACUUCUCACACAUGGUUGCCACACCAGCAAUGCUUUUUGCAAGUCACCUGCUUACCUGUUGUGGACUCAAGGACCCCGUUGACUUCCUACGAGGCAUCUUUGUAGCCAAUGUGUUCCUCGAGUAUGUGUCAUACUCCAGGCGCUUUUCACCAGAGCUUGUGGCCUUUCUAUCACGGCUUCUUUCCCACAGUGCUUUAAAGCUUAAAGAUGAAAGAAAUGUAGCAGCCGUGACUGAAAGUGACUGGAAGCUUCCCUUGAAAGCAUUAGGAUGCAGCCAGGUAGAAAUGACUGAUGAUCUCAAGCUAAAGAUUGUUAAUGCUGGAGUUAAACUUGUUGAAAGGUGUGCAUGUUUGUACCAGAUGCUACCUUCGUACAAGGAGUUGUGCGAUCCCUUGAUAGUCGUAUGCCAGAAGCUUGCAGAACUGGCUUACCCAGAGACACUGAAAGCUGUCAUAAAAAACACACUGGCCAAGCUGAGUCAUAAGAUUGAACGCAAGCCACUGAAACCAAGCAAAAAACCACCACCAAUGAAACCACUCUUGGAGCCCAAGUUCAGCAUGAAGUAUGAUGGUCGCAAACACUUCUCAGGAGGUGAGAAGAAAGUAGAAUUGAAGAAGUUGAAUUAUCAGUACAAGAAGGAAAUGAAAGGAGCCAUGCGAGAAGUGCGUCGGGACAACCAGUUUUUGGCUCAGCAUAUCCUCAAGGAGCAAAUGGCAAGAGAUGCUGAACGAAAGGACAAGGUGAAGCGCAUUUACAAAGAGCUUGCCAGCCAGGAAGGCGAAUACAAAGCUCUGAAGAGGAAGAAAGAGAAACUGUCAAACCGCAUGUAAAUGUUACAUUAAGUAUUGUGUGUAAUAUACUGCAUUUGUAUUUACCAAUUCACUUUUAAAUAUAAGAAUAUGCUCAAAACCUGUGUUUUAAUACAUAAGUGCAAUAGUACCGAUUGCACAAACCUUCUCUGUCUUGAUAUUUUUGCAACACUUUGAAAAAUCUAUAGAGAGAUGUUA